AGAGAGAGAGAGAGAGAGAGCGAGAGAGAGAGAGAGAGAGAGAGUGAGAGAGAGAGAGGACGGAGUGAGGAGUUAGUGAGGGAGAAGACUUUUAGCAUUUAAGCAUCAGCAUCAGAGCGCAAUCUUCAAAGGAUUAUUUCUAUUUCAGACAUCUAUUUCAGUACUUUAUGAACUAUUUUUUUCAAAAAUUUUUAUUUCAUUUUUUUUUUUUUACUGAAGUAAAAGAGGUUAGCACAUAAUAUAAGCUCACUCGUUUUGGGGGAGAUUUUUCAUGCAAAGGAUUCUACAUUUUCAUGCUGAAUCUUUCAGAAGUCAGUCAGUUAAUAACUCUUAAAAUAUAUUCUUAAUAAUUUUUGACUGUUUGCUCCCCUCGUGAUUUGUAAAAUUAGACCAAUCCAACACGACUCCAGUUAUAAUAGAUUAAUUUUUAAGCAAAUUGUUCACAGUAAAAUUGUAAUAUUUGCUUUAAAUGAUAUCAAAAUGAGUUUAUUUAAUCUUUAUCAGUAUUCAGUUUCGUUUUGUUUUUUCCAGCAUUCAAAUAAUUAAAAAUACGUAACUUUAUUGCUAUUUUCUUUACCAAUUUUACAGGAAUAGAAGGUAAAGAACAUAAUUUAGCCCACGUUUCAUGCGUCUAUUAGCUGUAGCCGAAACUGCAAAUAUACAUGUUAUUUAUUGCGAUAUAUUUAAUCGCGAUCAUUAAUAUUACUAAGUCACUACCAUCGUUUUAGUCGCCUACAAUUUAUCGUUUUGGUGUCAUUGCUUCAUUUAAAGAGUCACUGUCACCAGCUGCAGCUCGGUCAUCAUGCUUUUUGAAAGUUUUGACCUGGUGUCGGCUCUGGCGACACUUGCGGCUUGUUUAGUGUCAAUGGCUCUGUUGCUGGCGGUGUCCCAGCAACUGUGGCAACUGCGAUGGACCGCGACCCGGGACAAGAGUUGCAAACUGCCCAUGCCCAAAGGCUCAAUGGGAUUCCCCAUCAUCGGAGAGACCUGCCACUGGCUUUUUCAGGGUUCCGGGUUCCACGCUUCGCGGAGGCAGAAGUACGGGAACGUGUUCAAGACCCACCUGCUGGGGAGACCCCUGAUCCGCGUGACGGGGGCGGAGAACGUGCGGAAGGUGCUGAUGGGGGAGCACACCCUGGUGACGGUGGACUGGCCCCAGAGCACCAGCACCCUGCUGGGGCCCAACAGCCUGGCCAACUCCAUCGGAGACAUCCACAGGAAGAGGAGGAAGGUGUUUGCCAAGGUGUUCAGCCACGAGGCCCUGGAGAGCUACCUGCCGCAGAUCCAGCGGGUGAUCCAGGAGACGCUGCGGGUGUGGAGCAGUGACGCGGAGCCCGUGAACGUUUACCGGGAGUCCCAGCGGCUGUCCUUCCACAUGGCGCUCCGCGUGCUCCUGGGCUUCCGCGUGUCCGACGACGAGAUCCGCCACCUCUUCAACACCUUCCAGGUGUUCGUGGACAACCUCUUCUCCCUGCCCAUAGACCUGCCCUUCUCCGGCUACAGGAAGGGUAUCCGCGCCCGGGACAGUCUGCAGAGGAGCAUCGAGAAGGCCAUCCGGGAGAAGCCGCUGUGCAGCGAGGGGAAGGAGUACGCGGACGCGCUGGACGUGCUGAUGGAGAGCGCCAAAGAGAACGGCACCGAGCUCACCAUGCAGGAGCUGAAGGAGUCGACGAUCGAGCUGAUCUUCGCGUCCUUCGCCACCACGGCGAGCGCCAGCACGUCUCUGAUCAUGCAGCUGCUGCGGCACCCUGCGGUGCUGGAGAAGCUGCGGGAGGAGCUCCGCGGGCGCGGCAUCCUGCAGAACGGCUGCCUGUGUGAGGCCGAGCUGCGGCUCGACAACAUCUGCGGCCUCAAGUACCUGGACUGCGUCAUCAAGGAGGUGCUGCGGCUGUUCACGCCCGUCUCCGGGGGCUACCGCACCGCCGUGCAGACCUUCGAGCUGGACGGGAUGCAGAUCCCGAAAGGCUGGAGCGUGAUGUACAGCAUCCGGGACACGCACGACACCUCGGCCGUGUUCAAGGACGUGGGCUCCUUCGACCCCGAGCGCUUCGGCCAGGAGCGCAGCGAGGACAAGGAGGGCCGCUUCCACUACCUGCCCUUCGGCGGGGGCGUGCGGGCCUGCCUGGGCAAGCAGCUGGCCACCCUGUUCCUCCGCAUCCUGGCCAUCGAGCUGGCCAGCACCAGCCGCUUCGAGCUGGCCACCCGGACGUUCCCGCGCAUCGCCACCGUGCCCGUCCUGCACCCGGCCGACGGCCUCAGGGUCAAGUUCUACGGCCUGGACUCCAACCAGAACGAGAUCAUGGCCAAGUCCGACGAGCUGCUGGGAGCGACCGUGUGA